AUGCCCAUCUCUGGCCACUGUCUCUGCAAAGCCGUCACCUUCUCUGCUGACGUCGAGGAACCCCUCCUCACUGGCUACGACCACUGUGACGACUGCCAACGUCAGAGCGGCUCCACAUACUCUCUUGUCGUCGUCGUCCCCAAGGAGAAGCUUACCAUCAAUGGCCCGAUCAAGAAGUGGAGUGGCACCGGUUCCUCGGGCAAGGCUGUCCAUCGCCUCUUCUGCUCCGACUGCGGCUCUCCCAUUGCACACGACCCCGAUGCUGCUCCCGAAAUUAUUGCACUCAAGGGCGGCUGUCUGGAUGCCGAUCAGCGCGCUAAGCUCAAGCCUGAUACCGAAAUCUGGACCGUUGGAAAGCUUCCCUUCUGCCAAGAGCACUUGGCCAAACCAUUUACCCAUAUGCCAGAAUAG